UAUGAAAAAAUCUUAUCAUUCACCUUUUCCAAUCCAAAAUUCACACUUUUCGCAGAUAAUUGAAAAGACCUGACGAAGACAAAGAUGACAAAUUAUGCAACGACACCACUAUGGCAAUGUGCGGAGGCAGAGGGCAGGGGGAUUCUACAGUGUCAUUACAAGCAACCUUAACCCUACUGUAUGCAGUCAUCUUUCCCAUCGCUCUUUUGGGAAACUCGCUCGUUCUGUAUGUCGUAUUCAAAAGACAGAGCAUGAGGAACGCGUUGAACCUUCUAAUUGUCAAUAUGGCAGUUGCUGACCUUCUGGUAACGAUCUUCGUCAUACCUUGGUCUGUAUCCUAUCUCUUUGUGGGACUUCAAUGGUUUGGAGGAAUCUUCGGCAAGAUUCUCUGCAAGACGAUCCAGUUCUCUUUAACGACGUCGAUCGCAGCGUCAGUGAUCACACUUAUGGUUAUCACAGUGGAUAGAUUUCUGACCAUCGUGUUUGUUUGGAAAACUUGUCUUAACCUAAGAACUUCAAAAGCCUCUUUGGCUAUUAUCUGGAUUAUAUCGAUUGCCAUCAUGGGACAUUAUCUUAAAGUGUUCACGGUCGACCAACCACUAAAGAACAUGGGAGACGAAAACUAUUACUGUUACCCCAACUGGCAGACAAUGCCUGAUGACUUCGACAAAUACUUUAAUGUUGUUGCCUUUGCGGCGCUGUACGCGUUUCCCUUAAUUCUGAUGGCAAUUCUGUACUCCUUGAUUAUUCAUAAAUUAUGGAGCGAAAGAAUUGCAAGCGGAGGCGACUCAGAUAUUAAUAGCUCCAAGAAACGAGUGGUAAAGAUGCUGAUAACAGUAACACUUGCCUUUGCGGUGUGUUGGCUCCCUAUGCACAUCAUACACUAUUACAUACACUUUGAACUCGAGACAUAUACGUGCAUGUCAAAGUAUCUGAUUUUGCUGUCGUUCUGGCUUGGACAUGCCAAUAGCGCCAUCAAUCCAGUACUUUACGUGAUUUUCAAUAAGACCUUCCGCCGGGCGUUUCUACAUGCCUUGCACAUCCAGUCGUUCAACAGUAUCAACUUGAAGACUUCCAUUGUACGGGUAACAUCAAACAGAAGGCCUUCAUCGCCCUUUACACCAACUAGGAGCUCUUUCAUAACCGGAAAUAAUAAUGAGGAAAGCCAUCCCCAUACUCCGCCUAUCUCACAUUCUCGAUCUCUUAAAGAGAUUUAUGCCUAUGGCAAACUGAUACAACGGAACGACAACUCUAAAUCAUCUAAUUCCUGCUCUGACGACGGCAAGACAAAUCGUCGCUCCAUAAUGGUUGUAAUGGACAGAAUGACAUGUGUCUGAAGUAAAUAUCAUCAAAAUCAGGACAUAGUAAAACGGUGAAAUGUCUGAAGUGCUGUAAUUAUUAAGAUGAAUUCGAAACCUGAUCAUUCAAUCCUGGGUUUGAAGGACAGUAGGAUUAGAAGUAUCUAGCUGUAGUUUCUUGAAGGAUUGGACUUUGUGUUGCAAAUAUUCAGUGCCUUAGGUGGACCAGGUGUAACAUUUUGAGAAUGUAUACAAAAAGGCUGGGUCAUAUAAACCAAGUUAAAGAAUAAUCAUCGACAGCUAAAGUCAGAAAUAAGAUUGGCUAAUCAAAGGGGUACUCUGCAUCUUAUUCAAACAUUAGUUCAAUUAACUAGCAUAAAGUACUGUUUACUUUUGACAUUAGAAGAGUGCUUCAAAUAACAGGUGAUUUUUAGGGAUACAAGUAAAUACAUCGAAAAAGUUAAGUGUCGCUAGGUUGACAUUUUGCGACUACUAGUCUAAAGAAAUAAAACACUUGAAUAUAUAGAGCUAGAUUGUACUUAAACAACUCCAUUAAAAUAAUAGAGAGCUGUUUAAUUUCGAACCAUUUGUAAAUUGACCAUGCUCCGAAGCCCAGAUAUGCUUCUCCCUGUUUCAACAGUGGCAUGAGUACUGAUGGUGCGUAUGAGGAUUGAAUAGCAAGUUAAAAAUAGCGGGCACAUUGAUAUGAGAACCAAGGUGCUAUUUAGUAAAUCAACGGAACACUUCUUUCUU